AUGAUUGAUCCAGAUGUAACAAAAUGGGCACAACGAGACUUUGAAGCAAUGGAAAGAACACUUCGUAAUUGUAUACAAUAUAUUAGAUUUUUUCAAAUUCCAGCACAUGAAUAUUUUUAUAAAGUUCGACCGUAUAAAAAAAUACUACCACGAAACCUUAAGGAAGAUCUUCAACUUUUUUAUAUUGUUCCAAUGGGUCAACCUAAAUUUACUCCCGUAUUACCGCCUCGAAUGGGUCUAAGGCCGGAUUCAAUUAUAAUAACAUCGCAGCACGCAGCAAUUAUUGCAAAUUGGAUCUAUAAUAGACCUAGAGAUACUUACAAACCUCAUGAGAUACCAUAUCAUUUUAAAUUGCUGAUUCGUGGUAGUCGUGAUGGCUUUACACAGGAGGAGUUUCAUAAACGUUGUGAUCAUAAAGGAGCAAACAUUGUGGUUGUUAAGGUAGAAGGAGCAAAUAUAGUUGUUGGUGGGUACAAUCCCCUAGGAUGGACAUCAGCUAAUGAUUGGAGACAAACAACAGAAAGCUUUAUAUUUUCACUAGACAAGCAACGUAAGACAACAAUAAUAAGCCGAGUGAGAAAUCCUAAUUGUGCCAUCCGGGAUACUGUUUCAAAGCAAUGGAUUGGAUUUGGAGUAGGUGAUCUUCAUUUUCUUGAUGGAACGUGUAGCCCAAAUGAUUACGAUGCAAAAAUCUUGGAUUCAACAAGAUACGUUGUUGAAGAUUUUGAAGUCUUUCAGAUAUUGAAUAAAGUUAAGCCAGGUAAUAUCGUAAAAGAUAGACCAUCAAAGCCAGCGUCUAUUUUUGGAUUUAUGUAA